AUGACCACAUGGAAAGAGAGGCACUUCCUGCAUGAGGAUAAAUCUAUUGCAUGGCCUGGAUUUUCUCCAAGACCCUACCAUAAACUAGCCAUUGAAAGACCACCUCACACAGAUGCAAAAGUCAAGGUUAACCAGAAAAUACGCUGUCCUGUAGAAGAGAGUGACUGCUGGCAUGUGUGGGGUUACCAUACAUGGCUAGAUGUCGGGAGAUUGCCGCCAAUCUAUCGGCCAAGACCCGAUAAGCCUUUUGACAGCAAUACAUGGCGAUGGAUCACAACUCCCAGGGACAAAGCCAUGGCAGAGCCACCAGUCCCACCUCCGUCAUACUUGGAUGGAAAUACCUACAUUAAGUUCAUCCAAGGGGAAGCCUUGUUUGUGAAUCGGAGGCAGAAAGAAAGAGUUCUGGCCCAAACAAAGAAAGAAAUGACGCAGUGCGAGCAACUCAAAUUGAGGAGUGAAUGCCGAGCUCCUCCCCUAGACUCUGCAGGAAAAAUUAUGCCUCCCAAAGGAUUCAAGCGCCACAAGCAUCCUCUUUCAGAGAAAAGCCCAGCCUCACGUUGCGAACCAGAACCUGUCAUGCCUUCUCCUAGGGACUGCUGGGACUAUCCAUGUCCAAGUCUGGAACCUCAUUACGAGGAGGCAGCUGUCAAGUUUGCCCUGAAGAACAGCAGUCCGAUUUACCAGAAGGUGGUGGAGAAAUACCAGCGACUGGCCCUUUCUGGGAGCAAAAUCCGGCCCUGUACACCCGUCAACUAA